AUGUCUUUCCGAGCAACAGCCCGCCUACCGGGCGCCCUGGCUUCUGCCCGUCCCCGAGCAACGCUGUGCUCUCCCAAGCAGCUCACCUCCAAGACCACGCUGCGGCAUGGCUCCGAGCUCGCCCCAGGUGGUGAGCUCAAGAAGACACCGCUCUACGACUUCCACGUCGCGCGCGGGGGCAAGAUGGUCCCCUUUGCCGGGUACCACAUGCCCGUGCAGUAUGCCUCGGCCCCGCUGGCGCAAUCGCACACCUUUACACGCAACAGCGCCUCGCUGUUCGACGUCAGCCACAUGGUGCAGCACACCCUCAAGGGACCCGCCGCCGCAGCCUUUCUGGAGAAGGUGACGCCCAGCGCGUGGAGCGGCAUGGAGGCCAUGCAGGGAAAACUGACCACCUUUCUGUGGCCCGGGACCGGUGGCAUCGUGGACGACUCGGUGAUUACGAGGGUGGGCGAGGACGAGUACUAUGUCGUCACCAACGGCGCCUGCUACGACAAGGACAACAAGUACCUCGACGAGGAGCUUGGCAAGUUUGGAGGCGAUGUGCAGUGGACGCGGAUGGAGAAUUCGGGACUCGUGGCGCUCCAGGGCCCCAAGAGCCUGGAGAUCCUGCAGCAGGUCCUCGCCUCGGAUAUCGACCUCAGCAAGAUCUACUUUGGACAGUCGUUCUGGGCGCAGCUCAAGCUCAAGGAUGGCGGCGCCUCGCAUCCCGUCCUGAUCAGCCGUGCUGGGUACACGGGCGAGGAUGGCUUCGAGAUCUCCCUGCAGGGGGACAAGUACCCUGCUCUCGAGACGACGCCCUCCAUCGCCGAGGCCAUGCUCGACGCUGCUGGCCCCGAGAGACUGGCGCUGGCCGGUCUGGGUGCUCGUGACUCGCUACGUCUCGAGGCCGGCAUGUGUCUGUACGGACACGACUUGGACGACACCACCACGCCCCCCGAGGCUGCCCUGGGCUGGAUUAUCCCGCCCGAGCGUCGCAAGGCGGGUGGCUUCCAUGGCGCCGAGGUGAUCAUUCCCCAGCUCACGCCUCGCUCCAAGGGCGGCGCUGGCGUGCAGCGUCGCCGCAUCGGUCUCGUCGUCGAGGGCGCGCCUGCACGUGAAGGUGCCGAGAUCCAGGCCAAUGGAGAGAAGAUUGGUGUCAUCACGAGCGGAUGCCCCAGCCCGACGCUGGGCAAGAACAUUGCCAUGGGCUACGUGAAGGAUGGCCAGCACAAGUCCGGGACCGAGGUGGACGUUGUGGUCCGGGGCCGAAAGAGGAAGGGUGUCGUGACCAAGAUGCCCUUUGUGCCGAGCAACCUGGUGCGCAAGGUGGCUGCUUCGUGA